AUGGGCUUACUAUCAUCAGGACUCCUCCGCAAACUGCGGAAUGAUCCUUCCUUCCUCCUCACUCGUCUACCUCCAUGGAUCUCAUUGCUUUGUAUAUUGGUCGGCGUCGCCUCGUUGCUGGUCCUACCGCUAGACGAAUACUCACGCCGAACGUACGUUUCCGAAAAUGCGCUGUUACCAGGCCAGGUACAUACCUAUUUCGCGGGAUCAGAGCAGAAUAUUUUCAGGGGUUAUAAGCGGCAACUUGAGAGCGUGAUUCCUCCUGCUGUUCAAGAAGGCGAAGGCGAGAAUGAAGAACAGUGGAAAGUCGUUUCCGACACAGUUCAGGGGAUCUUCCGUGCCGCAGGGCUCAAAGUCGCGACGCAGAAUUAUGAGUAUCACUCCGCGGGCAAUGUGCAUAAAGGACAGAAUGUGUAUUCGAUUAUUCAUGCGCCGAGGGGCGAUGCGACGGAGGCGAUUGUGUUGGUUGCUGCGUGGAGGACAAUUGAUGGGGAGUUGAAUUUGAAUGGGGUUGCGCUGGCGUUGACGUUGGCUAGAUACUUUAAAAGAUGGUCCCUCUGGUCAAAAGACAUCAUAUUCCUCAUUACACCCGACAGCAAAGCCGGCUCCCAAGCCUGGGUUGACGCCUAUCACGACAUGCACUCUGCAUCCGCACAACCUCUACCCCUAAAAAGCGGCGCUUUGCAAGGUGCCCUAGUAAUCGAAUACCCAUUCGACCACCGCUUUGAGUCUUUGCAUAUCGUCUACGACGGCGUGAAUGGCCAAUUACCAAACCUCGACCUCUUCAAUACUGCCGUCUCCAUUGCGGGCGGACAAAUGGGGAUAGGCACGAGUUUGCAGGAGAUGUGGGAACACAAUAAUAGUUACGAAAAGAGGCUGGAGACUAUGCUCCGCGGUAUGGCGAAGCAGGGUCUUGGUCUUGCUGCGGGGGCUCAUAGCAGUUUCAUACCCUAUCACAUCGACGCCAUCACCCUGCAGACGAAGGGGAAUGGAUGGCAAGACGAGAUGGCUCUCGGUCGAACAGUCGAAGGACUAUUUCGGAGUUUGAAUAAUUUGCUCGAGCAUUUGCAUCAGAGUUUUUUCUUUUAUUUGCUUAUGCAUACGAAUCGGUUUGUCAGUAUUGGCACGUAUUUGCCAAGUGCGAUGUUGGUGGCAGCGAGCUUUACGAUCAUGGCGGUUGCGUUGUGGUUGAGGACGGGGUAUGAGGAUAAACUGUCUGCUGCAACGAAGCAGCCAUCAAAGGAUUCGAAGGGAGAAGCAACGAAAGGAGCUGACACGGGACUGAAUGGUGUCUCUGAGCGGAAGUUGACGGUCCCGCUGACGGUGGUGACUGUUCUGCACUUCCUAGGCAUUGUACCUUUAUACAUUUUGACCAAUAUAUCUUCUCAGUUCUUCCUCCCCGUCACCUACGCCAUCCUCCUCCUAACAAUCACUCUCCCAUUCCUAAUCAGCCUCGCGCUCAACAAACUAUUCACUCCCCAACCGCAGACUUUUUAUCUACUAAAGUCCUUCUCGUUGCUCCUUCUCGGCUUGUUCUUGAGUGCCCUGGCAACACUCAAUUUCUCCCUUUCGUUCAUUAUUGGCCUACUAUGCGCGCCAUUGAGUUUUGUGCCGACACCUACAACGACGACGAAGUCAGCACAAAGACUCGUGUUCUCGUCGUUAUUGCUUAUUCUGCUCAACGUCUUGUCUCCGCCUGCAGUACUCCUGGCAGCUUGCGCGUAUACGGGUAUACCGGUGCGGGAGGUUCUUUCGCAGGCUGCGUUUGGAUGGGAUGUAUGGGGUGUCUGGACGCCGGUUGUGGUGUGGUGUGUGUGGUGGCCGGCUUGGAUGAUGGGCGCUGUGUCAAUUGGGAGUUCAUUUUUUGUUUGA